AAAGUCAAUUAUACAACAGCUCUUUCAAUAUAUCCCCCGCCUCCCACUCUUUCUCCGACCACAACAUCCUAUAUCACCUCCUCCACAUGCAUUGCGGUCCCGGGCGCCGGCGAACCGGUUCCAGCCAUGUCGGCGGGCGAUUCAGCGGCCGGCGGCGGUGACGGAGCGGACGGAGAACGGACAGGGGAGGCGCUGCUGGAAGACAGCUCCAGCCUGUCUGUGUCUCUCUCCGGCCUGAUGUCCCCCACGCCGUCAGCCAGCGAGCAGCCCAGGAAACGCAAGGGCAGCAUGGACCAGGACGCGGCGGACGUGAACAUGGAGGAUGAGCCGGACAGGUCCGAAGGAGAGGAAAGCUCGCCAAAAAUCAAAUGUUUCAGAGAGCCGCACAGUCAGAUCGAGAAGCGGCGGAGAGAUAAGAUGAAUAACCUGAUCGACGAGCUGUCGGCCAUGAUCCCCUCCUGCAGCUCCCUGCCCCGCAAGCUGGACAAGCUGACCGUGCUCCGCAUGGCCGUGCAACACCUCAAAUCACUCAAAGGGGGCUCGUUCUCUGAAGCCCACUACAAGCCCUCCUUCCUGCCUGACGACGAGGUGAAGCACCUAAUCCUCCGGGCAGCUGACGGCUUCCUGUUCGUUGUUGGGUGUGACCGUGGAAAGAUCCUCUUCAUGUCUGAAUCAGUGUCCAAGAUACUCAACUACAAUCGGACGGAUCUGAUUGGACAGAGCCUGUUUGACUACGUUCACCCAAAGGACAUCGGCAAGGUGAAGGAACAGCUGUCUUCCUCCGAGCUCUAUCCACGCGAACGCCUCAUCGAUGCCAAAACCGGACUGCAGGUGCAGGCGGAGCUGCCCGUGGCCUCGUCGCGCCUGUGCUCCGGGGCCCGGCGGGCCUUCUUCUGCCGGAUGAAGUACAACAGAGUCGCCGUGAAGCUGGAGGCCAAGGAGCUGCCCAGCUCCUCCAAGAGGAAAGAGUCCCAGAGGUACUGCACGGUCCACUGCACAGGAUACUUGCGCAGUUGGCCCUCCAGCCAGUUGGGGGCGGUAGAGAGCGAGGGCGAGGCGGAGAAGGAGGGCUUCCACUUCAGCUGCCUGGUAGCCAUUGGCCGGGUGCACCCCCUGACCGUUCCACAGGCCAAUGGGGAGGUGCAGGUCAAGCCCACCGAGUUCGUCACGCGAUACGCCAUUGACGGCAAGUUCACCUUUGUGGAUCAGCGAGCCACUACCAUUCUGGGAUAUCUGCCUCAGGAACUGCUGGGAACGUCGUGCUAUGAGUACUUUCACCAGGACGACCUCCCGCAAUUAGCAGAGAGACACAGGAAAGUUCUACGAAGCAAAGAGAAGAUUGAAACGAACCGCUACAAGUUUAAAACUAAAUACGGUUCUUUUGUAACUCUGCAAAGUCAGUGGUUUAGUUUUAUAAAUCCAUGGACCAAAGAAGUAGAAUAUAUAGUCUCAACCAACACGGUCAUAUCCGGUCCCAGUCGAACAGGAACGUCGGCAGAGAGGCCGGAACAGCCGGGCGAUUCCAGGGCUUCGGAGGAAGAUGCCAAGAAGGCCUUUUCCAUCAUUCCGGGAAUUCCCAGUGGCUCCGGUACCAUGAUAUACGCUGGCUGCAUCGGCACCCAAAUCGCCAAUGAGAUGCUGGACUUCAACAGGCUGAACUCGUCUCCGUCGAGUGGAAACGUCAGCCCCUUCAGCCUGGCCCAGGACAAGUCCCCCCUCAUGCUCUCUCUGGCCAGCUCUACCACUCUGCCUAACGGAGAGGUGACCGAGGCAGAGCAUGCUGGGAAGCUUGGGUCAGACGGAGAAGGGCCAUUAGCGUCGUGUUCCAGCAGUGAAGUGAUGAUGGGUGCGAGCUCACACCUGGACCUGGACACGGUGGUGGGGCCCGGCCUCGGUAACCUUAGCAACGACGAGGCUGCCAUGGCGGUCAUCAUGAGCCUCCUGGAGAGCGACGGUAACCUCGGCGACACGGUGGACUUUGACGAGAUGCACUGGUCGCUAUAGAAACAGACUUUCUUUAGAAACAACACUCUCCUCUUUUUCUACCAUUCUUUCUUCACUCGUUUUCUUAGCUGUCCAUCGGCGACGGGGUUCUCUGCCGUCUCUUUUGGGCAGGACGUGAGCGGGCGGUGUACACAAGGGAAACUGGAGGCUCGUCAACAAUGGGAAAUAAAAGCUGCAAACGAUAAAGGACUACAGAUCUCUGCUCUGCUCCGUCUGCCAGCUCUCAAUAGGAAGAGGAGAGCACAGUGCCUCACAGGUGAAACAGCCAGAGUCUCUUUUUCUCCGAAUGAGGUCAUUUCCUCCUAAAUACAGCUCCAGAUGAGGUCAUUUCCUCCUAAAUGCAGUGACCCCCUACGGUGGCUGAAGAGGGAUUUUUUUUUUCUUUUCUUUUUUCGCCUUGAUGGAUCUACACUUGAACUAAGAACAGUUGUCGGUUGUGAUGGAGCGCACACUCUCUGUUUGAGACGCACACUCACUGGUCUCUGGGUGAUCUCUGUUUGAGACGGCUCAAAGUCACGUAUGUAUUUAUUGUUGUGGGCGGGGGCUAUGGGAGGCAGGUUUCGCUGGGGCCUCUGUGAUCGGUCCCAGGGGAUCCCCAAAAGUGUGUCUCCCUCCCCCCUAAACUAUGUGUUCCUAAAGCUGCCAGAAGCGCACAGCUCCAAGGUUUUUCACGGAAGGAAGAAAAAAAUCACUGAAUUUAAGAACAAGAACCGUGUGACUAAUUUGAGCCGUUUGACGAAUGUGUCUUUGUGACCCAGACGGGAGAGGGGACAGCAAAUCCUCCAGAUUCAGUCCUCUACAACAUUCCUCCGGGUUCGUCUUGCGGUUAGUAUUUAUCGCUGCGUUUAGGUAUCGCACACUUCUUGUUGUGGCCUUCUGGAAAAGUCAAAUGUUUGGGGGGAAAAAAAACUAUCCAGGAAAUUCAGAGAUUAUGGAGUAUCGUUUUUGACUAUUGCCUAUAUUUAUGUCCCGCAGUUUUUGAAACAUCUGUAUAUGUCAUUUUAUGUAUAUGUGUAGAAUACUGUAUAUUUGUAGACUUACAUGAAUGAAAGUCAAGUGAAUGACACAA